CCUGGGAGGUCACGUGGGAGCGUGUCAUGUGAUAACUGCCUUAAAUACUGUUUGUUUUUGUCUUGUGUUCAUGACGAUGCAGUAAAAAGAGUAAUUUUCUUUAUUCUAUCCUUUGCAUCUAUCAUACUGAAGAGGCUGUGAGAACAUGCAUCAGAGGUCUGUUAAUAACAUCUAAAGUGUUUUUGCCUCUGAAGCAUCCACUCAUUAUGACUCUUAGCAUUGGGGUUUUGUUGCUGGUCCUGCUGAGCCUGACCUCGGCGCGGAUCUGUCCUGAUGGCGGCAUGUGUGAAGAUAAAAACACCUGUUGUAAGAACACCCAGGGAGGUUAUGGCUGCUGUCCGCUGCCUAAUGCAGAGUGUUGUUCAGACCACCUUCACUGCUGCUACGAGGGGACGCUGUGUGAUCUGGUCCAUCAGAAAUGUGUGAAUAAAACAGUUUCCCUUCCGUUGAUGAGGCGACUUCAAACCAAUCGGCUCGUUGGAAAACUUCAGGCGGUUAUGUGCCCAGAUCAGGAGUCUGAGUGUCCAGAUGAUACCACGUGCUGCCAGCUGUAUGAUUCUUCCUGGGGCUGCUGUCCGUUACCCCAGGCGGUUUGUUGUGAGGAUAAACGUCAUUGCUGCCCCAACGGAUCGAAGUGUGAUCUCGUCCAUUUAAAGUGUGUCACUCCAUCGCUGCAGUCCUUCCCGAUGCUGAAAAAAAUACCAGCCAAAAGUUUAAAGAAUGAGCCAGUUCCUGCUGCUGUUGCUGUCAUUUGUCCUGAUGGGAAAAGCAGCUGUCCAGAUGGUUAUACGUGCUGCCAGCUGAGCAGUGGAGAAUACGGCUGCUGCCCUUACCCUGAGGCCACGUGUUGCAAAGAUCACUUCCAUUGUUGUCCGAGCAACACAACAUGUGACCUGGAGCAUGAAGUCUGCAAGUCUGGAGGGGCCGACCUUCCGCUGAUUAAGAGGGUUUCUGCUGCGUCCAGCGAUGUUCAGUGUCCAGAUAAGAGAUCCUUCUGUCCUGAUCAAACGACAUGUUGCCAGCUGACAAACGGAUCGUUCGGCUGCUGCCCAAUGCCCAACGCCGUCUGCUGUUCAGAUCAUAUCCAUUGCUGCCCUUCGGGCACCGAGUGCGACCUAAAACACAGUACCUGUGUGUCGGUCCAGGAUCUUGCCCCUAUGUUAGUUACUGCUGCUGUGACAGACCAGGAGCCAAUGCAGAGCAAAGUCCUGGAUGUUCCCUGUAACGCCUCUGUGGCCUGCGCUGAUGGAAACACCUGCUGCAAAUCGCCAAAAGAAAAGUGGGCCUGUUGUCCUCUACCUGAGGCCGUGUGCUGCAUGGACCACCUGCACUGCUGUCCUCACGGCACCAUCUGCAACCUGGCCGCCUCCACGUGCGACAGCUCUACGGGCACAGCACUGAUACCGCUGCUGCCCAACACGCCCAGCUUCCCUCUACUGACUGAAAAGGUCAAAUGUGACGAGUCGUCGUCAUGUCCUGGAGACGCUACCUGCUGCAAGACGACCAGUGGGGAGUGGGCCUGCUGCCCUCUGCCUGAGGCUGUUUGUUGUGACGACCACAUCCACUGCUGUCCUCAUGGAUCGGUUUGUGACUUGGAGAACAAAACCUGCGAUGACUCUGCUGGCCUCUCUCCGCCGCUGCCCUUGCUCACUAAAGUUCCCGCUCUGACCCGCCGAAAUCUGCAGGAGAAAAUCAUGUGUGACAAUCAGACCAGCUGCCCCAGACACACGACCUGCUGCUUCAUGGAGAGGAGCCACAGCUGGGGCUGCUGCCCUCUGCCGGAGGCAGUUUGCUGCAAAGAUGGAAACCACUGCUGCCCCAGCGGACACACUUGUAACCCCCACCAAUCCUCCUGCUCUACAGGAUCCCACCAUGUUCCCUGGUUCACCAAGCUGAGCGCUUUGAACGAGCCGAGCGCGUUGACAGACGUUAAAUGCGACAACAAAAGCAGCUGUGCAUCGGGAACGACCUGCUGCAAACUGCCGAGUGGAGAGUGGGGCUGCUGCCCGUUGGUGAAGGCAGUUUGCUGUGCCGACCACGAGCACUGCUGUCCUCAGGGCUACACGUGCAACAUGCAGACAGGAACGUGUGAGAAGAAGGGAUCUGAUGAUUCGAAUGAAGGGGAGCAGUCCCAGCUGAGAGAGGCAGAGGAUGACACAGGUGUACCAUGUGACGCCGCCGGGAUGUUUCACUGCCCCCAGACAUCCACCUGCUGUAAGAUCUCAGCUACUGAAUGGAGCUGCUGUCCCUCCGCCAGGGCUAACUGCUGUGCAGAUUCAAAACACUGCUGUCCCUUUGGGUACUCAUGUGACGAGAAGGCUGGAGGUUGCACUCAGACAACCCGACUGAGCUGGGAUUCUUUGUUAGGGCGCGGACAUUGAGACUUUGUCUAAGAUGGACUCUGAUGAUGCAGUCACAAUGAUCUCAUUCAGCCCUGAAUCCAUCACUGAUAUUUCUGUGAACAGAGUCAGAGUCUCUCAUUAUCAUUGUUUCAACUUAUUAUUAUUAUCAUUGUUU